CGUGUGCUUAUGCGCAUUUCCUUGCGCUUGCGCGCGAACAAGCGCACCAGUACGUUCCAUGAUAAAUUGUUUGAUUCCUCAUGUAAACUGCUCUUAGUUUAACUAAACAAAAACAAAACUAAAAUCUCUCGAAAUAAAAAUGGUAAAAAUAGGAUUAAAAUUUCAAGCAACAUUAGAAAACAUAGAAGAGUUAAACCCAACAGACCCAAAUUUUCGUUGGGGUCUUAAACUAAAAUGUUCCAAUUGCAAUGAAUCAACUGACAAGUGGCAUUAUUUAUCAUUAAACGAAGAAGUUCCAGCACCUCAUGGCAAAGACAUUCAUCAUCUUGUAUGCAAAUGUAAACUUUGCUCACGUGUCAAUACCGUAACAAUAAUUAAAGAUUCAAUAAAAAAGUACACUGCUGAAGACACCGAGAAAUUUAAAACAAUAGCAGUGUUUGAUUGUCGAGGAUUAGAACCUACGGAAUUUUCACCAGGAGAUGGAUGGGUCGUCAAGACUAUUGAGAAUGGAACCGAGUUUGAAGAUGUUGAUUUGAGUGAUCUUCCCUGGGCCGAUUACUGCGAUAAAGUCAAAAAACCAGUCAGUGUUGAUGAUAUUAGAUAUGAAUUUGAAAAAGUCAAGUAAUUGUAAUUUUUUUUUUUUUUUUUAUUGAUAAAAGAUAUGAUAUAUUUGUACCAAGGAUUAAUGAUUGAAGUUAGCAGACAUCUAUUUUUGAAUUUUUUUCAAAACGAUAAGUUACAAAAAAAACAUAUUUUCAAAUAUUGCAUUUAAAUUUUUUUAAUUUUCUGCAUGUGUAUUUUUUUUUUAGCAAAUAAUUUGUUAAAAAUUUGAAAAUUGUUGGUUAUCUGAUGAGUGUAAGUGUAGCAGACACGUCAAUUUUUUAACUACAUAUAAAAAAUUAAAUAAUUAAUAUAAUAAAAUUUUAAAAAAUUCAUGUACUGAUUUUUGAAUUGUCUAAACGUGUAUUUUUUUAUUUUUAAUUUAUAAACAUUUUAAUUUUAUAUUUAAAAGUUUUAAAAAUUGUCAGAUAUCUGCUAUCUUUGUCUUAUUUUUUGCUAACUUCAGGAUCCAUGAAGUAAUAGAUCAUAAGGAUUAAAUAAUAAAAUAAUUAUUAUUAACAACGACAUAAUAUAAUUUAUUCAUAAUCAUAUACAAAAAAACCAUUCAUUAUUUAAUGAUAAAUUGUUCGAGACAGAUUAAAUUUAUUAUUGUUCAUAACAAUAGUCUUUUAUUAGUUCAUCUCGUUAUUUCGUUAAUUAUUUUUUUUUCUACCCUGCACUGUCCGUCAGAUGACUGGAGACAAAUCCGAGCAGGGGAACACUUAAAAGUAAACCAAUUUUAAUAUUAAUUACUUUUUUUUUUUUUGUUGAAUUUUAUGAAUUUUGAUAAAUGUUGAUGUCACUUGGAAUGUAUUAAAGCAGCCAAUAAAUUAAUUUAAUUUGGUAUUCAAUUAAUAUGUCAGUGUACCAUUUAAUUAAUUAUAUUAUUAAGUAUAAUUGUUAAAAAGGAAAAUUAACAAAAAUAAUAGUUAUAUACAUUGGGCAAUUAAAUUUAAAUAAUAAAUAAUGCUGCCUUGCAGUUCUACUAUUUUUUGUAAAGGGAUCACUGUAAAAAAAAUU